AUGGUUAGCGAACUUUGGCCGUCGACGUCACCUCGCGACGCCCAGACCUCCAUCCCCUUCUUUGGUGCUAUGGGCUGCACCUGCGCCAUUGUCUUCACCUGCCUCGGUGCCUCUUACGGUACCGCCAAGUCGGGUGUUGGUAUCGCUGCCAUGGGUGUCCUUCGCCCCGACUUGAUCGUCAAGAACAUUGUUCCCGUCAUUAUGGCUGGUAUCAUUGGUAUCUACGGUCUCGUCGUUUCCGUGCUUAUCUCCGAUGGCUUGAAGCAGGACCUUCCUCUGUACACUAGCUUCAUUCAAUUCGGUGCUGGUCUCUCCGUUGGACUUGCUGGACUUGCUGCCGGUUUUGCCAUUGGUAUUGUUGGUGACGCUGGUGUUCGAGGAACUGCCCAGCAGCCCCGUCUCUUCGUCGGCAUGAUUCUUAUUCUCAUUUUCGCCGAAGUCUUGGGUCUCUAUGGUCUCAUCGUUGCCCUCCUCAUGAACUCCAAGGCCAACGUCGAUGCUGUAUGCUAA